AUGGCUGAUCUCGCCAACAAGCCCGCACCUCGUUUGAGUGUGGUUUGGAAGAGCUUCAAAUGUGACGUGAAUAGCGAUAUUGUAACGUUCCACAAAUGCAGCAUAGUAGAUGCAGAAAGUACUCUUUUGACCACCGAAAUAGUAUACAAUCAGGAUUUCGAUCAGUAUAACGGCAGCUUUUCAUUAUAUACACGCCCAAAGUUGAAGGAAUUUCAGAGGAUUUUCAAAUUGAACAUCGAUCUUUGCCAGUUCUAUAAGACCUCGCUCAAGAACCAGUUCCUGGACAUCGCCUACAAAAGCAUUGUAAGGGACAGUAAUUUUCCAACAAAAUGUCCUCAACCCAAGGGCUUAUACUACUUUCGCAACAUAAACGUAGCUGAACAUCUGCCGCUCAUUAUGCCCACAGGAGAUUUUAAGUUAUAUUUGAGCUUGUUUACGGCCGAUUGGUCAUUUUGGAAUAUUACUCUAAACGGGAGACUCAAGAUGCCAGCCACUGACAAGAAAUUUCACAACAUCAUGACACUUGAAAUUGCCGCCAAAUUUAUUGCCUCGCCGGACUUUUUUGUAAACCAGUCUUCAGUCUUCAAGCUGCAAUCUUCCGUUUGUGAGCUCAGCUUUAAAUGUCAAAUGGCGCACGAGCUAAGAACACAAUUUCCAGCUAAAGAUGCAACCUACCACAAAUGCUAA